GCUUCUGAAAUGCGUCACUUCCUUUUUCCGGUGCCUGAGCUGCUGUGUUAACGUGUCGCUUAAGUGGGAAGAAGCCGGCACUUUGGGACAAGUUUUGCACUCUCCAUUGUAAAGCGGCACCUCUUUAGUCCUCGAAGUUCAUCAUGGACCAAGUCAUGCAGUUUGUGGAGCCCAGCCGGCAGUUCGUGAAAGAUUCCAUCAGGCUUGUGAAAAGAUGCACAAAGCCGGACAGGAAAGAAUUUCAGAAGAUCGCCAUGGCGACAGCAAUCGGUUUCGCAAUAAUGGGAUUUAUUGGUUUUUUUGUAAAACUGAUUCACAUCCCAAUCAACAACAUCAUUGUGGGUGGCUGAAUGCAUUGGAAGUUCUUGUGCCUUGAUAUUGCACGCGAUUGCCCAAUACAAAUCAGUGUUUUAACUGAAA